GCUAGCGCUAGUGUGCUUUCGACUCUCGUGGUGAGAGGACGUGUCGCGGUCCGCCAACCGCACUCGCUAAUAGUGAAUUUUCAUCGGAAACAAUUCGUGAAACUGAAUGAAACGAACACCGAUUUAAGUCGCACCGCGGGACUUCAUUAGUGCAGUGAAUUCUGACUAUGUGUGACUUUUGUUAAGUGCAGUGUUAGUGAUAGUGAUGGUUUUAGAUAGUAAUGCGGCUGGUAUAGAUGCAGUAUCAUAGCCCAUAAUUAAUGACAAUGGAGAGUCGCGUGGGCUUGGACUAUAUCGUGGAGCAUGCGGAAUACGCGAGCAAGCUCGCAGCGGCCCUCACUUCACCUACUGCUGCAGUUAAGAAACAAGUAUUCGAGCUUCUGUCAGCCCUUUGUGUGUACAAUGCAGAUGGCUACGCAAGGGCGGUUGACACGUUAGAUCGAUACAAGACGCUAAAAAACGACAGAUACCGUCUCAGCGUGGUGGUGGAGGAACUGAAGAAUGCAACCACAAUCGACUACAAAACGGCAUUAGUAGCAUUUAUAAACUGCCUGAUAAUAUCCGCUCCAAGAUUGCCAGAUAGAAUUCGAGUUAGGAACGAAUUCAUUGGAUUGGGCCUGCUAUCGACGUUGAGUAACUUAAGACAUGAAGCAGCAAAUCAUCCAGAUCUUGGAGUCCAGCUGGAUGUCUUCGAAGAGCAGCGAGAGAGCGACGAGGCACAGGGCCCUGGAGGGAUCAACUUGAACUCACAUUUGGAUGUUUUUUAUGCUAUUCUUAAACAGGUAUCCGACACCCCCCAAGAGAUCCCGUUCCUCAGCAUUCUGCAGCAUCUCCUCAGGAUAGACCCCAAGGAAGCUGUCAGUGACAUCGUGUGGGACACCGCGGAGACGCUGGUCCAUAGAGCCACGCUUCUGGAGACCAGGGAAGAUGCAGCUAAAUUGUUGAGAGCGCCUAGUGUUCAGGCGAAAGUCGGGUGUACCUGCCAACACAGGGACCUAUCAGGCAAUGCUCGCAAGCAGAGUCUACAGCGCGCACUAUCCCCUCCCCCACCACCGCCUGCCCCUGUACCACCACCUGCGGCGCCGCUCCCCCCCGCACCGCCCGCGCCUCCCCCCGCGCCGCGCGGCCCCCCUCCCCCGCCCCCGCUGGCCGCCCCUCCCCCCGCGCCACCCCCCGGCGCGCCCCCCGCACCCCGCAGCGGACACAACAUAGAGAACAUUAAACUGCCCCAACAGGAGACACCGCUGCCCAAGACUAAGAUGAAAACGAUCAAUUGGAACAAAAUACCGAAUAGUAAAGUAGUGGGACAAAACAACAUCUGGUCGUUGGUCGCAUCAAGUCACCAACACUCACCAAAAGCUGAGUUGGAUUGGAGCGAAAUAGAAAAUCUAUUUUGUCAACAAGUACAGCCGCCAGGGUCAGCAGGUUCAUCUCCCCGUUUAGGACGAAGCCCUAUCUGUGAUAGUUCCGGCGAAAGGAAACAAAGGAAGGAGCCCUCUGAAAUCACCCUGCUAGAUGGAAAGCGGAGCUUAAAUGUUAAUAUAUUCUUGAAGCAAUUCCGGAGUUCAAACGACGACAUAAUCCAACUAAUUCGCGAAGGUGCCCACGACGAUAUCGGCACGGAGAAAUUACGUGGUCUUCUCAAAAUAUUACCAGAAAUAGAUGAAUGUGAAAUGCUGAAAGCGUAUUCUGGGGACGUCAACAAACUGGGAAAUGCUGAGAAGUUUCUGUUGCAACUUAUACAGCUGCCUAAUUACAAGUUACGAAUCGAGUGCAUGCUACUAAAGGAAGAAUGGGCGUCUACUGCGGGCUACUUGGAGAGCGCCAUCAAUGCGAUAUUGGUUGCUGGAGAUGAUCUUAUGUCUUCUAGAGCUAUACAGGAAGUGCUAUACAUAGCACUAAUAGCUGGCAACUUCCUGAACGCGGGCGGGUACGCAGGCGGAGCCGCGGGAGUGAAGCUAGCUUCGCUGCAGAAACUUGCUGAUAUAAGAGCGAACAAACCCGGGAUGAAUCUUAUGCAUUAUGUCGCUAUGCAAGCAGAACGCAAAAACAAAGAACUGAUACACUUCGCUGACGAUAUACGAGUGUUAGAAGAGGCCGCUAAAGCUAGUGUCGAACAACUAACCAAUGAGAUCAAAACCUUAGCAACAAGGAUCAAUACUUUGAAAAAAGAUAUACAAUUAACUACACAGCAUGAUAUUAAGGAGCAAAUGGGGGAUUUCUUGCAGGUAGCAGAAAGAGAGAUAUCAGCGUUGAACAAGGACAUGGAUGAGGUGGAGAGCAUGCGGAAGCAGCUCGCUGAGUUCUUCUGUGAGGAUCCUGUUUCAUUUAAACUGGAAGAGUGCUUUAAGACGUUCGCGUCAUUCUGCAGCAAGUUCCGCUCAGCCGUGCAGGACAACGAGCGGCGCCGCGCGCACGAGGAGCAGGCCGCGCUGCGACGGAGGGCCAGGGAUGCCGCUGUUGCUAACAGGGUUAAGACUGCAGGAGGCAGUAUGUGCAGUACGCCGGUGUCCGAGUCCGAGUCGCUAAUGGAGACUCUAUUACUGGAUAUAAGGAACGGCCUAGGCAGACGGUCAUUGAGAAAGCAGUCUAGGGAUCCUUCUCCUUCACCAGAUGUGACCCCCACGGGUAGUUUGCGGAGACGCAGUAGAGCAAGUCCGGGGGAAGACGAGGAGGGUCUGUUAGAGUUCCUUCGCCACGCUUCGCCCGCGGCCGCUGAUCUGCGCGAGCGAAGCGCUUGGGGUAGUUUGGACCGUUCCUGGUCCCGUCGUGGUGCAGUUCGUGCAAAGCUAGAGAUCCCGGAGCGAGAGCGAGCCCCCUCGCCCCGCGCACCGCCCUCACCCGCACCGCAGGACACUAGUGAUAAACCUAAGGAAUGGCGGCAAAAGAUCGAGUCGUGGUUGCGCGCCAACAGCCAGGAAGAGAAACGCGACGCCGAGCUGCGCACGCGCCGACUCGCGCAUCGACGCUCCUUGGAAAACGACUCCGAGAGCGAGCGCGGAGCGGCGCUGGACACGCUGCCGGAGAGCCGCGCGGAGUGGCGCCCCCACGUGCUGCGGGACACCGACGUCGUGCGGGCCAUCGAGGCGGUCGAAGACGUGCAACCCCCAGCGAAAGACAGAGUGCCGUGGAGGAAGACAGAAGAGAACGAAGAGAUGAGACGGCUCAGAAGGCAACGAUCGCGGCCGCAGAUAGAAUCUCCCCAACCGCUAGUCUCCAUCUCCGAAGAAGAGAAACGAAAGUUACCAGACAUCACCGUGACCGACGCGAAACUCGACAAAAAUGAUAGAAUUGAAAUCGACUCGGACAAUAUAGAGACGCCGCCCGUCCAUAGAAAGCUAUUCAACCCACCGCAAGAGAAAGAACCCUGCAGACGCCUCCAGACACCUAAAAUAAUCGAGAAAAACACAGAAAUGAAAGAUCUGUGUCAAGAAAUAUUGGGUGAUGGACAAUUUGACAGAUUUUCAGCAGCGAGAAGAACGAGGAGAUAUAAACGAAGCACAGAAGCGAGCUCGCCUGAGGAAGAGAAGAAGGAAGUUGUUGGCGAACUAGUCGCGGAGACGCAAGUUAUACGUCCUUCUAAACUAGAAGUGCAAACCUCAUACGCAAUUGAAACUCCCAAAGAAGUAGCAAAACCAGUCGAACAAGUAGUUAAAGAUGAAAAGGAAAGCCGGCUGAAACGGUGGCAAGAUAGAUUAAAAAACCAAAGCACAGACAAAACGCCGGUUAAAGAGAAGCUCCCGUACUCUAGAAUGAGGCGGCAAACUUCAAUCAACCAAGAGGACGUGCAAAAGGCGAUACGGGAGUUAAAAUCCCCAACAGAAAGUCCAACCGGUGUUUGGUCGAGAAACGCGUACAGAAGAUCGAUGAACGCUAAAGUCGAAACGAAAAAAGAAGAACGAACAACAUCUCCACGGAUACCAAAAGUGAAAAGCGAGCACGAACUGAACGAUGAAGGUUUUGAAGAAACGCAGAGUUUAAAUUCAGAGAGCGCAUCACAGGGCGCGUCCUCCGGCUGUAACCUUGAGUGCGAAUCGCCGAUCCCCAAGAAAUCGCCGGACAUUCCAAAGAAAAUCCCAGCCAAAGAUGUUAAAAUUCCGCCCCGGACGCCGUUGAAUCGGUCGUUUUCGAACCGAGCCAGUUCCCUGCGCGUCGAGAGGUCUACAUCGAGAGCAUCAUUAAGGAGCUCCAGGAGUUCUUUAAAUAGUUCUGCUUCAGUAGCGACUGUGAAGAGAGCACCAGUAGCUCCUAAACCAGUACCGAAACCGAUCACAAAGCCGAUAUCACGAAUGCCAGCUUCCAGAUCUUCUUCUAGUGGCAGUUCGAUCGCAUCCAGGCCCCCAGUAAAAACUCCAAAUAGAACAUCGAAUUUCAUGCGACCAACCCAGGCAUCUAAAAUCAGGGGCUCCACCCCCCAACCGAACGUUAAAAACGUAAAAUAACGCGUUCGAAUGACAAAGACUUAUGGUGUUACACAAAUAUUUUUUCCAAGUUCGUCGCGGCGAACAGAUAAAAAAUAUGUUGAGUUGGACAUCGACCCGCCAUUUUGGCAUUAUUAGUAUUUUAGAUUAACCAUUAUUAUUGGAGGCUUCAGAUAUAUGGUGCUACGAAUCUCAACGAUCAUCUGAAGGUUUCAAUGACUGAUAUAUUAGUUUAAGUUUAACUAAGAUCUGUUUUUAAUCGAUCCCGUACGGUUUAUAUUUUGUAUUAUUAAAUUAAAUCAUGAGGAAAUGUGUAUCGACGUCUAUUAUGGAGUCUUUCUUAUUUUUUAUAGACGAUAAUACUGUUUACUUUCACGAUAAAGACAAAAUAUUUUAUUUUACUGACUCCUAAAUUUUGUGUCAUACUUUCUUCCAUGUGUAAUCCAAAAAAUAUUUUAUAUGAAUUAUUGUGCCACGGUUAUAGUACGGGUAUAGCAUAGAAAAACCAGUGAAUUUAUUUUGGAAAAAUGAUUCCCAAAAUAUAAUUUUGGAGGGGGAAAAGAAAAAUACGUUUUAUUGAGAGCAAUAUUGGUAUUUUUAUUUCUUAGUUAAAAAAUACAAUUUUCCAGUAAUAAUAUUUUAUUAUACAACAAAAUCUAAUCAGCAUUUCCGCGGAAGUCGAUUUAAUAAUUUAUUGACAAAAAUAAAUAAAAAUAAAACGUAUUUUUUUACAAUAAUCGAUUACCAUUUAAAUUAAAAUAAAACGUGCCUUCAGCAUAUGCUUCUACACCUCCGUCCACGGAAUUUCAAAAUUUUCUAUUAUUAUUCACGUUUUUAUAUUUCCCAUAUACGCACAAACACACACGAUCUGAUAACUAGGUAUAUCUUAAAAUACGUCACAAAAAUCGAAUCUGUGUGAUACAUUUAUGCAAUAAUUUUGACAAAUGCAAGAAUUACAGUUGUGCAUCUCACUCUAACUUGUAUAAAAUAUAGGCAUGAAAAGAGAUAGCAUGACUUUGAAAUGGUAAAUGUUAUCACACAGGUUACAAAGGUUCUAAUAAAAUAAAUGUAAGAUUAACACAAAUUUAUUGUAUGUGUUUUAACUUGAUACAAUAAAGUUUAUAUACGAC